AUGUACUGGCCAAAUGGAGUGCCCCGAGUCUAUGCAGUCAACGGCCCGGAGAUACAGAAGCAGCUGAAAAGACAGCAGCAGCAGCAGCAGCAAGAGGAGGAGGCCGAGCAGGAUGACAGCAGAACAGAGACCACUGCAGAGUCUGCAGAUGAGAGGGAGCAAAGCAAUGGGUUGCUACAGGAUGAUCACCAGCAGAUAGCUGCACAGUAUGCGGAAGAUGGAGGCGAUGCUUGGGCGGAUGAACCGAUUACCGGGCUAUGUGUCUCCAAGAACGGAGCUUUGUUUGCAACGAUGACCAGGUCCUCGUUGGCCAUUUGGCAGACCAAGGCAUCUGUUGUUGCGGCAGUCAAGCGGUCUCACGUGUCUAUCGCGAACUACGGCCCGAAUGUAGCUCUCCUACUUCGACCAGAUUCCGGUAUCAUCGUUGUACAGACGCUGGACGGCUACCUGAUAACAUAUUCGAUUGCAACUGAUGCACACUCCCACGUAUACCAACAGCUAUUCUUACAGCCGCUGGCAAGACGCAAUCUUCCCUCCAGUGGCUCCCAGGCAAUCCGCGAAGUAAGCCUACGGUUCAGAGUAGCUAUCAAAGUGGAUGCUGGGAUUAGCAAAGCUGUUGCACUAGACAACGAGCUAAUGGUUGCCACAACGAAACCUGCUGCUAUACAAUUAAUCCGUUGGACUCCGGAUAAUAGCGGUAAUCAAACCAGCACGGAGCUCUUGAGCCGCAUUCCAUGGCUCUCGAAGAAGUCACUUGUCGUCGAAAUGGUCUAUGACCGUGCUAUGAAUCUUCAGUUGUGGGUAACAAGUGAUGGCCGAGUUUAUGCGGUCCAAUACAGUUACCGUGAGGUUGAUGAGUCUGGUUCAUCCAAGGUCAAUUUCACCGGACACAGGUUCCAUAAUCCAGAGAAUGAUGGGCAACGCGCACUUCAGGUUGCUGUAAAUGCAAGGUUCUCCCUCUUCGCUGUGAGCUGUGUUAACGGUGAGAUUUGCAUCUAUGCAGCAAGGGACUACUCGGGAAAUAUUCCACUAUCCCACAAACUACAGAUGCCAGCAUCUGCAGCCACAAUGGGGAAGGUAUCCUUUAUGAGCUACUCGUAUGAUGGAUACUGUCUCUUUGCAGGCUACGAAAAUGGAUGGACAACGUGGAGCGUAUUUGGAAAGCCAGGCGGCACUAGCUUCACUGCAGACAAGUCGCUUGCGGAGAGCAAUGGGGAAACAUGGCUAACAGGGGUUUCCAUGGGUGCAUGGAUUGGUGGUGGCUCCGACAUCUUGCUUGCAUCCUCUAAAGAUAAGCGAAUAUGGGUGCUAGAAGCUGCACGUAGUGCCCUAACCGGAUGUUUUUCUUCCGCAAAUCUUGCCCGAGCACUUCUUCAAACAGGCACCGAAAUAAUCCUAUAUCGUGGCCAUGACCUUCCUGACUUGACAACUAUAUCAGGCAAGGACUCACUUUGGCACCAUGCUCAAUACCCGCCUGGAUAUCUCCAUGCUCAGUGGCCUAUACGUACAUGCUGUGCCUCACAAGAUGGUAGAUACGUUGCCGUGGCAGGCCGGCGCGGCCUGGCACAUUAUAGCGUUCAUAGUAAUAGAUGGAAGACUUUCGAUGAUCCAAAGGUUGAAAAUUCUUUCGCUAUUCAAGGAGGCAUGUGUUGGUAUGGUCACAUUCUCAUUGUCGCAGUUGAGGGUGAUUCUUCAUACGAGUUGCGGAUGUACUCUCGUGAGCUCCCUCUGAAUAAUUCUUCGAUACUCUAUUCAGAACCUUUACCGGCCCCCGCAGUAUUUAUUGGGCCUUCAGGCGAGGACUCUCUCUUGGUGUACACCUAUGAUAAUAUACUAUACCAUUAUGUUAUAAAUGCUGUUGGGACAAGAAUUAGCCUGGUUCAAGUCGGGCAGAUAACUUUCAAUGGAAUCGUGAGAGCACCGGCUCGUGUUCGUGCUAUUAGUUGGAUUCUGCCUGAAGACCAACUUCGCGAUGGAGACCCGUCUCAGGACGUUGCUGUAGCAUCGGUUCUAUUCCUUGUCGACGGGAAAUUGGUUUUGCUUCAACCAUCGGUAUCUCCAAACGGAGCAUUGAAAUAUGACAUGCGCGUGGUUGCCCAUGAUGUCGAGUAUUACAUCCUCAUGCGUGACCAACUCUCGUUCAAUUUUGCGCCUCCGAACGACGAGCCCACAUCGGGUGGUCAAACUCCGGAAAUCACGCCUAACAAUUCCUCUUCGGAUAUCUCACUGAGGGACUCCUUAUGGGUCUUUGGUGGGAAGGACCUGUUUGUCUGGAGUGACAUGCAAGAUGUACUUCGCCCAACAGGUCGAUCUAUUGAAGGGCCGAAGAACUUGCCUAUCCCUACUGAUUUUUACCCUGUUUCCAUACUGCUGAAUAAAGGUAUAGUUCUUGGUAUUGAACCGGAAAUUACUCAAAGGCGUGAUGUUACAUUUACCUUAUUGAGGUUUGCUAUUAGAACCCAACUUUUCCUUCCAUAUGUUCUACAACACAACUUAUCCUACUUUGACACACCGUCGGCUCUUUCAAUCUGCCACCAUUUCUCACACCUGUCAUACUUCCCCCAUGCUCUGGAGAUUCUACUGCAUCACGUCUUAGACGAGGCUGUAGAUGACCAUAGCAUAGGAGACAUAAUCGAGACCCCUGUGAAGGGAAAGCAAUUACUACCUGGUGUACUGGCAUUUCUCCAAGCUGCCAAUCCACCCGAAUUAUACCUUGAUAUCCUUGUUCAAUGUAUCCGAAAAACAGAGCUACGAUCGUGGCGAACUCUUUUCGCUUACCUCCCUCCCCCCAACGAGCUAUUUGAACAAGCGCUUAAGUUUAACUCGCUGAAAACGGCCGGAGGCUACCUACUUGUAUUGCAGGCCUUUGAUGACGUCGAUGACGAAGAUAGCGGGGAUGGAUUUGACAAAAUUGAAGAUUCGGCUGUCCGUCUCUUGCGGUUGGCAUCACAACGAGGAGACUGGGAACUAUGCGGCGAGAUUGCACAAUUCCUCAUUGCACUAGAUGGUUCCGGCAAGGUGUUGAAGCGGGCUGUUGUAAGAGUAGGCUUGAGAAGGGAUGGUCCUGGCAGCCCGGUUGAUAUUGAUGAAGGUCCCGUUCCCCGUUUUGGAAUGCUAGACAUCGGCCCGUGA